CUCACUGUGCUGGAUCGCUGCUUCACACUCAAGUCAUUUUUUCCCUUCUUAAUCUCUCUGAGCAAACGGUGUUUCUGGUGGCGUGCGUGGACCACACAGGCAGAGGAGACAAUGUCAGAUAAGACUCAGAUGCCGAGUAGGGAGCGCGCCCUCGCGGGACGAGAGGAAAAAAUGGUCGUCGCAGACAAGCAUGCAGUCAACAGCAAUACCACCGUGCAGCCUUUUCCAGAGGGCAUGGGGAUCAUCAUGUUUGGUAUGGGUUGCUUCUGGGGAGCUGAGAAACUUUUUUGGAAGCUUCCGGGGGUCUUCUCCACACAGGUUGGCUUCGCCGGCGGCUUUACCCCCAACCCUACCUACCAUGAGGUCUGCUCUGGCCUUACUGGACACACCGAGGUUGUGAGGGUGGUCUUCUCCCCUAAAGACAUGAGUCUGGAGGAGCUUCUGAAGCACUUUUGGGAGAACCAUGAUCCGACACAAGGCCUUACUGGACACACCGAGGUUGUGAGGGUGGUCUUCUCCCCUAAAGACAUGAGUCUGGAGGAGCUUCUGAAGCACUUUUGGGAGAACCAUGAUCCGACACAAGGUAUGAAGCAGCAUGCCGACAUCGGGACUCAGUACCGUUCUGUUAUUUAUGCAACCAGUGCUGAUCAACUGGAGCUGGCACUGAAGAGCAAAGAAGCCUACCAGAAGGAGCUUGAGGCGAAGGGUCUCGGUACCAUCACCACAGAAAUUCUGGAGAAGCAGCAGUUCUACUAUGCCGAGGACUACCACCAGCAGUACCUGAAGAAGGUACCUAAAGGUUAUUGUGGCCUGAAAGGCACUGGGAUCGCCUGUCCCAUUGGAGUUGGAAAAGAUCAUGAGUGACGAUUGUUUAACGGUUAAUUGCAAUCAGUUUCAAUGAUGAUAAAGUUGUGGCAACCCUGAAUCGGUACAGUAAUAAUCUCACCAGUUUGUAUCCGUAGCAUACCAAAUAUGGAGACUCUAUAUGAAGGCAAGGAUCGAUUAAAAUGGUCUGCAUGCCCUUGAUUGGGAGGUUUAAAGGUUAAAAUCUGUCUAGAAUUAAUUGCAUCAUUAAUGGCCACUGAUGAAUAUCUGGACUUACUUAGGCAACCAAGUGCCUUCUUUAUUAAACCAAAGAAGUCAGUAGCGAGUGCUUGAAUCAAAACGUAAUCGUGUUUUAUCAUGUUGAGCUGUCAUCGGUGACGUGCAGGUGCAAUAACGUAUUCUUCCACAGGGUGGCGACAUUUGUUAUCUGUACUUCAGUGUCAGUGUUUCAGCUGAUUUUUUUUGCAAUAAUUCAUAUAAAUAAAUAUACUUUUGAUCGAAA